GUAGAUUGCUGUUUACGCGUUUUCUAUGUAGGUAGGGAGGGAACGUGGUGUUGGGUCGUGCGGUGAUCGGAUCGGUGGUGGUGCCGAUAGGUGGGAUUGUGUAUUUUUUAGGGGAGGGAUUGAGUUUAUUUCUUGGGCUUGGGAAGAUCUCGUGGGGACGAGGAUAGUGGGUAGGUAGGUUAGGGAUAGGUAUAAGUAUUUUGUCUAUUCCUGCUUUCGUGGCGAUCUCUCUUCUUCUGUGCUUGUAGGUCCGAAGUCCAUUCUUUUAUCGUGCUUGCAUACAUUCGUUUGUUUGUUUGCUUGCUUGUUUGUUGAUUUGCUCGACUGUACCUCUCCAUUCGAGUGAUUUCGAGAAGAGGAAUGGCUGUCCUCAGUACGGUGAAGCUUGCUGGUGUGGUGGCGCUGUUGAGAAGUGUGCAGGCGACGACGUAUCUGGCUCCUGCUCAGGAUAUUGUGCUGCCAGCCAGUGAGAGUGCGACUGAGCCAUUGGAGUGGUUGGGUGCUAAUAGUCCUUACUUUGCUGGGCCCAACAUCAACGACAUCAGCAACUCGGUUCCUGAGGGUUGCACUGUCGAGCAAGUCGCAUACAAUGUCCGACAUGGAAGCAGAUUUCCGGACAGCGGUGCUUACGCUCAAUGGACGACGCUAUACGCCAAGAUUCAAGCCGCGAACUUUACUGCUACAGGCAGCAUGGCGUUCUUGAAGGGCUGGGAGCCGGUCCUCACAAAUCCUACUCUAGAGAUUUCUCAGGAGAGUCCAACGGGCUUCAAGGAGGCUUAUGAUCUUGGAUACCAAUUGAGAACUAGAUAUCCGAAGUUGUAUGCGUACGGAACACCCUUCAUCAGUUGGGCGAACUUGUACCCUCGUGUUGUCCAAACUGCACAGAACUUUGUGCGAGGUUUCCUUGGUUCCACUGCUUCCAGCCUAGGACAAGUAAUCACAAUCAACUCGACUGGAUCUGAGCAAGCCCUGUUCGAUUCCUUGUCCCCAAGUGAUCUUUGCCGCCUAUUCGUGGAUGGCAAUGGUGGCACUGAACAAGUAACGUGGAAUGCCCUCUACCUUCCGCCCAUUUUGGCACGUCUAGAAGCACUGAUCGACGGCAACUUGACAUUCACUACCACUGAUGUCUCCAUCAUGCCUUAUCUCUGCGGUUUCGAAUCUCAGAUCACUGGCACGCUUUCCCCUUGGUGCUCAGUCUUCACGGACGCCGAGCUCAAGCAAUACGAAUAUGCUCAAGAUCUUCGAUACUACUACGGAAUGGGCCCCGGCGAAGAUCUUCCAUCGAAAAUGAUGUUGCCGUAUUUGGACAGCCUCGUUGGCCUUCUGAGCCAAGGACCAGGUAUCAAUGGGACUUUUGCAAAUGGCACGAGCUUCGCACUGCCCAACAUCAUCACUGCUUUCAUGAAUGAUGGGCAAAUCACCGAGUUGGGUGCUGCUACCGGUGUCUGGGAUGAGACUAUCUCCCUUGGUAAUGGGAUUUCCAUCCCAGAUGGAUACACCUACAUCGCUAGCCGCUUUGUUUCCAUGCGAGGGACUGUGGCUUUUGAGCGUCUAAACUGCAUUGCUUCAUCAGCCUCUAACGUGGAGAGAGCAGAAGAGAGAGUCGUUACUUUCACCGAGAAGAAAACUACCACUGUCUGCACGGAGACUGAACCAUCAACUACUUUGGGCGAGGUCACGACCAAAAGGCCGGAGAUGACCACUUCGACUCUUGUCAAGACGUCCUCAUACAUUGUCUCUUCUUGUGCCCAUAAUGACAAGAACUGCAAGGUUGGAGAGACAACGUCAACUGUUUAUACCACGACCACUGUCUGCCCGGUUGAGGCAUCUACAACUUCUGCUGCUGCUUCUUGGACUACUUCCACUUAUCUGUCAACCCCCACUGGCAAAGUGAGCUCCUGUGCAUGGGGCGCAAAAGACUGCACCAUUGGUCAGAUGACCACUUCUGUAGUCACUUCAAAGACAAGCUACACAGUCUCCGCAAGCGCCACUGCCACAUCCAGCCCCUCUACUUCUACUUUCGUAACCAAGACCAGUUCUGGAUCGGGAUCUGCGUCUGGCAGUGCUUCGAUCUCAGCUUCCGCCUCCACGAGCUCUGGCUACUCAAACAGCACCCUCAACACCUCCACCUCCUCCACCUCCUCUCUAAACGCCACAACCACAAACCCCUACUCCAACAGCAGCAGCAGCAGCAGCAGCACCCUCUCCCUCCCAACCUCAACUCCCACCCCAGGAGGAAACCAAACCUACAUCCGCAUCCUCCUCAACGACGCCGUCUACCCGGUCCCCUCCUGCCAAGACGGGCCCGGAAAGUCAUGUUUGAUGAGCGAGUACGUGCAGAUUAUCAAAUCGAAGGUCGCUGCUGCCGGGGAUCUGGUCACGAGGUGUAAUGUGACGGCGAAGGAUCAUCCGACAGCUGUUAAGGGGGCGAGUUUCUUUACGGAUUUGAGUGAUAGUUGGUUGGCGAGUGUCGUGCCGUAGAUAAGUCAAUGAGGGAGGUACAUAUUUAUGAUUUUAAAGUAAUUUGGUAAUGCUUGUAGAUAGAUGGUGUGGGUACG